AUGAACAUAAAUUUGAAAAGAAAGGGAUCAGCUAAUAAACCAGUCUUGAAGAAACCACGAGCAAAUGGGUUUGGGUUUAAUAGUGGCCAAAAUGGGAGUAGUGAGUCUGAAUCUGAAGAAAUGACCUUUGAGAAGUCCAUUCAAACCAAAUCGCAGAAGAUAGCGAAACAAUUGUCUGAAGAUAAACAGACAGACAUAGUUGACAUAAUAUCAGAGAUAGAAGAACCUGAUCUGAAAAAUAAACCGAGACCAAAAGUUGAAGGGCUGAAAUAUAUCAAUAGAUUAUUAGAAUCGAAAAAGCAACGAGCAAAAGAUCGCAUACUAUCAAGACAAGAGUAUACAAACAAGCAGAUAGAAGAAAAUAAAGAUGCAAUAGUAUUCGAAAGCGAGGAUUAUAAGAAACAGAAGGAAGAAGUUUUGAAAAUGAAGGAAGAAGAGCUUGUUGAGGAUGAGGAGCCAAAUAAUGCACAAUUUUAUUCGAAACUUUUGCAAUUUAGAGAAAGACGAAGCGAUGCAAAUGAUAUUCCCCAAGGUACAAUACAGAGCCAAGAAGAUAACCGUGGAGAGACGAGUGAACUUCCUGGAAAGAAUAAAACAAGUGAACCUAAGGUAACUACGCGUAACACUGGAUUUAGUAUGCAUGUAUUGAACUAUAAAUCAAACGAAAAGGACGAACAAAAUCAGUUAAUAGGUAAGUUGAAAAAUUUAAUCAAGAGCAGAGUUACCUCAGAUGAUAUUCGUGAAUAUAAAAAGCGAUAUUGGAAUAGAUAUGACAAUUGA